UGCUGCCAAGCUCCCCAGGCAGGAUGGGGAUAGACAGGGGGACCCGAAUACCACUAUGGAUACCCAUACUAAUGAUCAUCUUAAGCCAUCAGAAAGUACAUGCCCAGUCUGAAUAUCAGCAAUCCCAGUACGAGGACCAGCAAUCCCAAUAUGUGGAUCAGCAAUCCCAGUAUGAAGAUCAGCAGUCCCAAUAUGUGGACCAACAGCCCUUCGGUCCUGAGGAUCAGCAAGUGCAGCAGACACAUGACUAUUUUACUACAUUAGCUCCCUCAGGUCCUGUGAGCAUGAUCCCUGCAUUGAGAACAACAAUGGUUAUCAAAACUGGAAACUCAGCUCAUAAUCAUAGAGUGUGUAGCACUUGGGGCAAUUUCCACUUCAAGACCUUUGAUGGAGAUAUCUUUCAGUUUACUGGACUCUGCAAUUAUGUCUUUGCAUCCCACUGCAAAUCCUCUUAUGAAGACUUUAAUGUGCAAAUAAGACAUUCGGUGGUUAAGAAUGUUCCCACUAUAAGCCAUGUGGCUUUAAAACUUGACGGAUUACCUAUUGAACUGACUUCAAGUUCCAUUACUGUCAACGGAGAGCCGGUUCAACUGCCUUACAGCCACUUAGGAAUUCUGAUGGAGAGAAUCUCAGGUUAUAUUAAGGUCCAUGGGAAAAUAGGAGUCACCCUGUCGUGGAAUGAAGAGGAUUGCCUUUUGCUGGAAAUAAAUGAAAAAUAUGCUAAUCAAACUUGUGGCCUUUGUGGAGAUUUCAAUCAAAUCGCAACCUACAAUGAAUUCUUUUCCAACAAUGUCCAGCUGACUCCUUUGCAGUUUGGAAACAUGCAGAAGAUGGACGGACCCACAGAACAAUGCGAAGAUCCUGUCCCUUUACCUGGAGGCCAAUGCAACCAGGAGUCUACCGCUCCGUGCCAAAAUAUACUGACUGGUAAUGCAUUUGAAGCUUGCAAUGCAUUGGUUGAUGUGCAUGACUACAUUGAAGCUUGCAUACAAGACUUAUGCCAAUGUGAUCAGUCUGUGACUGAAGUCUGCAUCUGUAACACCUUUGCUGAGUACUCCAGGCAAUGCUCCCAUGCUGGUGGACAACCACUUGAAUGGCGAACAGAAGAUUUUUGUCCCAAGUCUUGUCCUUUCAACAUGCAGCAUCGAGAAUGUGGAUCCCCCUGUUUCGACACUUGUACCAAUUCUGAACAGUCCCAGUUAUGUGAAGAUCACUGUAUAGACGGUUGCUUCUGUCCCCCCGGCACUGUGUUUGAUGACAUUAACAAUUCUGGCUGCAUCCCCAUUUCGGAUUGUUACUGUACUUACAACGGGGAUUCUUAUGCUCCUGGUACUUCUUUUUCCUCCCAAUGCAUUUCAUGUUCAUGCACAGGGGGACAAUGGACUUGCAUCAGCCUUUCAUGUCCUGGAAUAUGUUCCGUUGAAGGUGGCUCCCAUAUCUCCACUUUUGAUGAGAAACACUAUUCCUUUUUUGGGGACUGUAGCUAUGUACUCACUAAGCUCUGUGAUAGCAAUGACUUCACUGUUCUGGGAGAAAUUCAAAAGUGUGGCCUGACAGAAACUGAGACAUGCCUGAAAGGAUUAGCUAUAAGCAUUGACGGAGGACAGACAGUGAUUGUGAUCAAGUCUAAUGGAGAUGUGUAUGUGAAUAUGAUUCUCACUCAGCUGCCUAUCUCAGCAUCCAAUGUCACCAUAUUCAGCCCUUCCUCAUUCUUCACUAUGGUACACACAAAACUUGGAUUCCAGAUGGUGGCACAAUUUCUUCCAAUAUUUCAGGUGUUUAUAUACAUGGACCCAAGCCACAAAGGGCAGACAUGUGGUCUCUGUGGAAAUUUCAAUGGUAUCCAAACAGAUGACUUUAAAGCUAUCAGUGGGGUGACAGAAGGAACCCCUGCUGCCUUUGCUAAUACCUGGAAAACACAGGCAGACUGCCCCAACGUCAAAAACAUAUUUGAAAACCCCUGUACUCUCAGUAUAGAAAAUGAAAAAUAUGCUUCACACUGGUGCGGAUUGCUGACUGACACCAAGGGGCCCUUUCAGAAAUGCCACUCAAUAGUAAACCCAGCCGUUUACCACACUAACUGCAUGUUUGACACCUGUAACUGUGAAAAGAGUGAGGACUGCAUGUGUGCUGCUCUCUCAGCUUAUGUCAGGGCCUGUGCUGCUAAAGGAGUAUUGCUAAGUGGAUGGAGGACUACUGUCUGUGCCAAAUUCCAAAUUUGUCCUGAAACCUGGACUUAUCAUUACAACAUUGAGACCUGUCAAGCCACCUGCAGAGCUCUCAGUGAGGUUGAUGUCACCUGCAAAAUCAAGUUCUCUCCAGUGGAUGGAUGUACCUGUGAAGAAGGGACAUACCUGGACGACAGUGGCAAAUGUGUGCCUGCCUCUAAGUGCCCUUGUUACCACAAAGGAUCUGCCAUUCCAUCUGGAGAGGUGGUUCAUGACAACGGCAUCAUGUGUACCUGUGUACAAGGCAAGCUUCAGUGCAUUGGGGAAGUGAAACCACCAACAGAUUGUGAUGCUCCUAUGGUCUACUUUGAUUGUAACAAUGCCACAGCUAACGCUCAUGGAGUUGAAUGUCAGAAGAGUUGCCAGACACUUGAUAUGGGAUGUUACAGUGCACAGUGUGUCUCUGGUUGUGUAUGUCCUGAUCAGCUAGUAUCUGAUGGCACAGGCAAAUGUAUACCUGCAGAAGAAUGUCCAUGUGUUCACAAUGAAGCCACAUACAAACCAGGAGAAACUAUAAAAGAUAAAUGUAAUACUUGCACAUGCAAGAACCGAAAGUGGAUAUGCUCUAAUAAACCUUGUCUGGAAACUUGCUCAGUUUACGGAGAUGGUCAUUAUAUCACCUUUGAUGACAAACGAUAUGCUUUCAAUGGAGUCUGUGAAUACACACUAGUCCAGAAUCAAUGUGGUAAAAAUAAGACAAAUAAAGACACUUUCCGGGUUAUCACAGAGAAUAUCCCCUGCGGCUCUACAGGGACUACCUGUUCAAAAGCCAUUAAGGUGUUCGCUGGGAACUAUGAGUUACUACUUACAGAUGGAAAAUUUGAGGUGAUACAGAGACUUCCUGGUGGAGGCAAAGUGCCGUUCAAGAUCCGAUACAUGGGCAUCUACAUGGUGAUUGAAAUUUUUAAUGGAGACGUGAUCACGAUAUGGGAUAAGAGAACCAGUCUGUUCAUUAAACUCGGAGCAGACUUUAAGGGUGAGGUCUGUGGCCUUUGUGGAAACUAUGAUGGCAAUGACAUCAAUGAUUUCACCACCAGGAGCCAGUCUGUAAUAGGAGAUGUCCUGGAGUUUGGUAACAGCUGGAAAGUUUCUCCCACUUGUCCAGAUGCCCCAAGCACCAGGGAUCCAUGUUCUGCAAAUCCCUAUAGGAGUUCCUGGGCGCAGAGGCAGUGUAGCAUCAUUAACAGCAAGACAUUUGCUCUCUGCCAUCCUCAGGUUGAACCAACUAAAUAUUACGAAGCGUGUGUAUCUGAUGCCUGUGCUUGCGACACUGGAGGAGACUGUGAAUGUUUCUGUACAGCUGUAGCUGCAUAUGCCCAGGCAUGUCAGGAGGCUGGUGCAUGCAUCUCUUGGAGAACUCCAUCCAUCUGUCCUUUAUUCUGUGAUUACUACAAUAAAAAGGGAGAGUGUGAAUGGCAUUAUCAACCUUGUGGUUCUUCUUGCAUGAAGACCUGUAGGAAUCCACACAAUUGUUCACUUGAAUUAUAUGACUUGGAAGGAUGCUAUCCAAAAUGUCCAGACGAUAAACCCUACUUUAAUGAAGAUGAGAUGGACUGUGUCUCCCUUGAUAAGUGUGGCUGCUUUGAUGAUAAAGAAAACUAUUAUAAACCAGGAGAAAAAUUGCCUUCAGAAAAGAGCUGUCAAUCAUGUUAUUGUUCAAUGGACAGUGAAGAGGACUGCAGAUAUGAUGAAAAUGAAUGCUACUGUAUCUAUGAAGGAAAGAUAAGCAAACCUGGCGAGAUCAUCUAUAAUACAACUGAUGGCAUUGGAGGGUGCAUCACUGCAAUUUGCAGUCAAAAUGGCACAAUUGAGAGGAAUAUCUUUCCAUGUUCCACAACUCCUACCAGUAUUCCCACUACUACUGUCUUUGUAUUUACUAACACCACUUCACCAGCAAUGCCCAUGACUACAUCCGUCUGUGUUCAGGAAGUAUGUCAUUGGUCAGCGUGGUAUGAUGGGAUGCAGCCUGGCUCGGGAAAUAAUGAUGGAGAUUUUGAAACUUUUGACAAUCUAAGAGCUAAAGGCUACCAAGUCUGCAAAACUCCAAAAGCUGUUGAAUGUAGAGCAGAGAAAUUCCCCAAUACUCCAUUAACUACAUUGGGCCAGAAAGUAGAAUGCAGCAGGACAGUUGGAUUAAUUUGUAAUAAUAUGGACCAGCAUCCAGAAAUCUGCCAAAAUUAUCAAAUCAAAAUUCUAUGCUGUAGCUUUGUACCAUGUGGCAAUUAUACUACAGCUUCCAUACCUGAAACUACCACAGUAAUUCAAACAACUACAGUACCAGCUACUAUUUUGACAAGUACCACUGCUUUCACAAGUACAAUUAAAGGAACCACUAAGAUCUUAACAACAACCCCAGAAAUCACUGUUUUACCUACUAGCACUACAAUCCCGUCUACCAUGGAAACUGGAUCUCCAACAACAGAAAUGAUGAAGAAAACAACUUGCGCGCCUAUCUGCAAAUGGACAGAAUGGUAUGAUGUGCAUUUUCCUACAUUGGAUAAUGAAGGCGAUUUUGAAACAUAUGACAUUAUUAAAGCCACGGGAAAAGAUAUCUGUGAAAACCCAGAACAUAUAGAAUGCAGAGCUGAGAAAUUCCCUAAUAAAACUAUUGUUGAAAUUGGCCAAAAGGUCCAGUGCAAUGUAUCCUUUGGAUUUGUUUGCAGAAAUAAAGAUCAGAUGGGAAUGCUGCAAAUAUGCUAUAACUAUCAAAUUAAAGUCUAUUGCUGCAACAACGAAUGCUUGACAACUCCUACAAAAACUUCAACAAGGGUCACAACACCUCAAACAACUUCUACAAUCAUUACUACAACUUCAGGAACAACAAAUCCAAAUAUAACAACACCACAACAUACAUCUACCUCAGUUCAAGAGACAACUACAGUUACAUUACCGCCUGCCACUACUAAAUAUAAAACCACGCUUCCUACAAUUUCUACUACAAAAUUUUCAUUGACAACUACUGCUAUGCAACCAAGUUCCACUACAGCUCCUCUAACUACAACAUUUCUUCCAACAAAAGGUACACGAUCAACAACAUCUGAACAAACCAGAGUAACCACCACAAUACCUCUUCCAACUACAACAAAGACACAAAUACCUACAACAAUUUUUACAACAAGCAUAACAACACCAAUCUCCAAAAUAACUACUACAUCACUGAAAACAACAAAAAUACCUACAUCAAUAUUAACAACAACAAAACAAGUAACUAAGACAACAGAAAAACAAAUUUUUACACAAUACCACACAACAAAGCUGCCAUCUACAGCACCUCAGAUUGUUGAAACAACAUCCUUUCCAACAACUGCCACUUCGAGCACCAGCCAUCCAGUUUCAAUCACAACGCCCUUUAGAACACCAACACGGGAAGUGAUAACCACAACCACACCACCCACCUCAACUGUGAUAAUUACCACCAGCAUAACCCCAACUGCUUUGCCCACCACUACCCAGUUACCCACACCAAGAACAACUCUCACUACGACCACUCCACCAACGACCACAUGUGCGCCUGUCACCUGCCAAUGGUCAGAAUGGUUUGAUGUUGACUUUCCCACUUCUGGACCCGAAGGAGGAGACCUUGAAACUUACAGCAACAUCCGAGCCGCGGGAGGGAGAAUCUGUGAAAAGCCUAUAAAUAUAAAAUGUCAAGCUGUAAAUCACACAGACCUAAGCAUUGAACAACUCGGUCAAGUCGUUCAGUGUGAUGUCACAGUUGGACUGAUAUGCUACAAUAAAGACCAACCUGGAGAAACUAAGCAAUGCAUGAAUUUCAGGAUUAGUGUGCUUUGUUGCGAAGAAAACCCCGAAUGCAAAACAACAACUUUGCCACCCACCUCAACCGUGAUAACCACCACCAGCAGUACCACCAAAGAAACAAGUCCCACCAUCACGACGACAGUCAUCCCUCCCAAAACUCCCACAGUAAGCACAACUGCUAUGCCUACCACUAUCCAGUUACCCACACCAAGAACAACUCUCACUACGACCACUCCACCAACGACCACAUGUGCGCCUGUCACCUGCCAAUGGUCAGAAUGGUUUGAUGUUGACUUUCCCACUUCUGGACCCGAAGGAGGAGACCUUGAAACUUACAGCAACAUCCGCGCCGCGGGAGGUAGAAUCUGUGAAAAGCCUUUAAAUAUCAAAUGUCAAGCUGUAAAUCACACAGACCUAAGCAUUGAACAACUCGGUCAAGUCGUUCAGUGUGAUGUCACAGUUGGACUGAUAUGCUACAAUAAAGACCAACCUGGAGAAACUAAGCAAUGCAUGAAUUUCAGGAUUAGUGUGCUUUGUUGCGAAGAAAACCCCGAAUGCAAGACAACAACUUUGCCACCCACCUCAACCGUGAUAACCACCACCAGCAGUACCACCAAAGAAACAAGUCCCACCAUUAAGACGACAGUUAUCCUUCCCAAAACUCCCACAGUAACCACAACUGCUUUGCCCACCACUACCCAGUUACCCACACCAAGAACAACUCUUACUACGACCAUUCCACCAACGACCACAUGUGCGCCUGUCACCUGCCAAUGGUCAGAAUGGUUUGAUGUUGACUUUCCCACUUCUGGACCUGAAGGAGGAGACCUUGAAACUUACAGCAACAUCCGAGCCGCGGGAGGGAGAAUCUGUGAAAAGCCUAUAAAUAUAAAAUGUCAAGCUGUAAACCACCAAGACCUAAGCAUUGAACAACUCGGUCAAGUCGUUCAGUGUGAUGUCACAGUUGGACUGAUAUGCUACAAUAAAGACCAACCUGGAGAAACUAAGCAAUGCAUGAAUUUCAGGAUUAGUGUGCUUUGUUGCGAAGAAAACCCCGAAUGCAAGACAACAACUUUGCCACCCACCUCAACCGUGAUAACCACCACCAGCAGUACCACCAAAGAAACAAGUCCCACCAUUAAGACGACAGUUAUCCUUCCCAAAACUCCCACAGUAAGCACAACUGCUUUGCCCACCACUACCCAGUUACCCACACCAAGAACAACUCUUACUACGACCAUUCCACCAAGGACCACAUGUGCGCCUGUCACCUGCCAAUGGUCAGAAUGGUUUGAUGUUGACUUUCCCACUUCUGGACCUGAAGGAGGAGACCUUGAAACUUACAGCAACAUCCGAGCCGCGGGAGGGAGAAUCUGUGAAAAGCCUAUAAAUAUAAAAUGUCAAGCUGUAAAUCACACAGAUCUAAGCAUUGAACAACUCGGUCAAGUCGUUCAGUGUGAUGUCACAGUUGGACUGAUAUGCUACAAUAAAGACCAACCUGGAGAAACUAAGCAAUGCAUGAAUUUCAGGAUUAGUGUGCUUUGUUGCGAAGAAAACCCCGAAUGCAAGACAACAACUUUGCCACCCACCUCAACCGUGAUAACCACCACCAGCAGUACCACCAAAGAAACAAGUCCCACCAUUAAGACGACAGUUAUCCUUCCCAAAACUCCCACAGUAACCACAACUGCUUUGCCCACCACUACCCAGUUACCCACACCAACAACUCUCACUACGACCACUCCACCAACGACCACAUGUGCGCCUGUCACCUGCCAAUGGUCAGAAUGGUUUGAUGUUGACUUUCCCACUUCUGGACCUGAAGGAGGAGACCUUGAAACUUACAGCAACAUCCGAGCCGCGGGAGGGAGAAUCUGUGAAAAGCCUAUAAAUAUAAAAUGUCAAGCUGUAAAUCACACAGAUCUAAGCAUUGAACAACUCGGUCAAGUCGUUCAGUGUGAUGUCACAGUUGGACUGAUAUGCUACAAUAAAGACCAACCUGGAGAAACUAAGCAAUGCAUGAAUUUCAGGAUUAGUGUGCUUUGUUGCGAAGAAAACCCCGAAUGCAAGACAACAACUUUGCCACCCACCUCAACCGUGAUAACCACCACCAGCAGUACCACCAAAGAAACAAGUCCCACCAUUAAGACGACAGUUAUCCUUCCCAAAACUCCCACAGUAAGCACAACUGCUUUGCCCACCACUACCCAGUUACCCACACCAACAACUCUCACUACGACCACUCCACCAAUGACCACAUGUGCGCCUGUCACCUGCCAAUGGUCAGAAUGGUUUGAUGUUGACUUUCCCACUUCUGGACCCGAAGGAGGAGACCUUGAAACUUACAGCAACAUCCGAGCCGCGGGAGGGAGAAUCUGUGAAAAGCCUAUAAAUAUAAAAUGUCAAGCUGUAAACCACCAAGACCUAAGCAUUGAACAACUCGGUCAAGUCGUUCAGUGUGAUGUCACAGUUGGACUGAUAUGCUACAAUAAAGACCAACCUGGAAAAACUAAGCAAUGCAUGAAUUUCAGGAUUAGUGUGCUUUGUUGUGAAGAAAACCCCGAAUGCAAGACAACAACUUUGCCACCCACCUCAACCGUAAUAACCACCACCAGCAGUACCACUAAAGAAACAAGUCCCACCAUCACGACGACAGUCAUCCCUCCCAAAACUCCCACAGUAACCACAACUGCUUUGCCCACCACUACCCAGUUACCCACACCAAGAACAACUCUCACUACGACCACUCCACCAACGACCACAUGUGCGCCUGUCACCUGCGAAUGGUCAGAAUGGUUCGAUGUUGACUUUCCCACUUCUGGACCCGAAGGAGGAGACCUUGAAACUUACAGCAACAUCCGAGCCGCGGGAGGGAGAAUCUGUGAAAAGCCUUUAAAUAUAAAAUGUCAAGCUGUAAACCACCCAGACCUAAGCAUUGAACAACUCGGUCAAGUCGUUCAGUGUGAUGUCACAGUUGGACUGAUAUGCUACAAUAAAGACCAACCUGGAGAAACUAAGCAAUGCAUGAAUUUCAGGAUUAGUGUGCUUUGUUGCGAAGAAAACCCCGAAUGCAAGACAACAACUUUGCCACCCACCUCAACCGUGAUAACCACCACCAGCAGUACCACCAAAGAAACAAGUCCCACCAUUAAGACGACAGUUAUCCUUCCCAAAACUCCCACAGUAACCACAACUGCUUUGCCCACCACUACCCAGUUACCCACACCAACAACUCUCACUACGACCACUCCACCAACGACCACAUGUGCGCCUGUCACCUGCCAAUGGUCAGAAUGGUUUGAUGUUGACUUUCCCACUUCUGGACCCGAAGGAGGAGACCUUGAAACUUACAGCAACAUCCGAGCCGCAGGAGGGAGAAUCUGUGAAAAGCCUAUAAAUAUAAAAUGUCAAGCUGUAAACCACCAAGACCUAAGCAUUGAACAACUCGGUCAAGUCGUUCAGUGUGAUGUCACAGUUGGACUGAUAUGCUACAAUAAAGACCAACCUGGAAAAACUAAGCAAUGCAUGAAUUUCAGGAUUAGUGUGCUUUGUUGUGAAGAAAACCCCGAAUGCAAGACAACAACUUUGCCACCCACCUCAACCGUAAUAACCACCACCAGCAGUACCACUAAAGAAACAAGUCCCACCAUCACGACGACAGUCAUCCCUCCCAAAACUCCCACAGUAACCACAACUGCUUUGCCCACCACUACCCAGUUACCCACACCAAGAACAACUCUCACUACGACCACUCCACCAACGACCACAUGUGCGCCUGUCACCUGCGAAUGGUCAGAAUGGUUCGAUGUUGACUUUCCCACUUCUGGACCCGAAGGAGGAGACCUUGAAACUUACAGCAACAUCCGAGCCGCGGGAGGGAGAAUCUGUGAAAAGCCUAUAAAUAUAAAAUGUCAAGCUGUAAACCACCAAGACCUAAGCAUUGAACAACUCGGUCAAGUCGUUCAGUGUGAUGUCACAGUUGGACUGAUAUGCUACAAUAAAGACCAACCUGGAAAAACUAAGCAAUGCAUGAAUUUCAGGAUUAGUGUGCUUUGUUGUGAAGAAAACCCCGAAUGCAAGACAACAACUUUGCCACCCACCUCAACCGUAAUAACCACCACCAGCAGUACCACUAAAGAAACAAGUCCCACCAUCACGACGACAGUCAUCCCUCCCAAAACUCCCACAGUAACCACAACUGCUUUGCCCACCACUACCCAGUUACCCACACCAAGAACAACUCUCACUACGACCACUCCACCAACGACCACAUGUGCGCCUGUCACCUGUGAAUGGUCAGAAUGGUUCGAUGUUGACUUUCCCACUUCUGGACCCGAAGGAGGAGACCUUGAAACUUACAGCAACAUCCGAGCCAUGGGAGGGAGAAUCUGUGAAAAGCCUAUAAAUAUAAAAUGUCAAGCUGUAAACCACCAAGACCUAAGCAUUGAACAACUCGGUCAAGUCGUUCAGUGUAAUGUCACAGUUGGACUGAUAUGCUACAAUAAAGACCAACCUGGAAAAACUAAGCAAUGCAUGAAUUUCAGGAUUAGUGUGCUUUGUUGCGAAGAAAACCCCGAAUGCAAGACAACAACUUUGCCACCCACCUCAACCGUGAUAACCACCACCAGCAGUACCACCAAAGAAACAAGUCCCACCAUUAAGACGACAGUUAUCCUUCCCAAAACUCCCACAGUAAGCACAACUGCUUUGCCCACCACUACCCAGUUACCCACACCAACAACUCUCACUACGACCACUCCACCAACGACCACAUGUGCGCCUGUCACCUGCCAAUGGUCAGAAUGGUUUGAUGUUGACUUUCCCACUUCUGGACCCGAAGGAGGAGACCUUGAAACUUACAGCAACAUCCGAGCCGCGGGAGGGAGAAUCUGUGAAAAGCCUAUAAAUAUAAAAUGUCAAGCUGUAAACCACCAAGACCUAAGCAUUGAACAACUCGGUCAAGUCGUUCAGUGUAAUGUCACAGUUGGACUGAUAUGCUACAAUAAAGACCAACCUGGAAAAACUAAGCAAUGCAUGAAUUUCAGGAUUAGUGUGCUUUGUUGCGAAGAAAACCCCGAAUGCAAGACAACAACUUUGCCACCCACUUCAACCGUGAUAACCACCACCAGCAGUACCACCAAAGAAACAAGUCCCACCAUCACGACGACAGUCAUCCCUCCCAAAACUCCCACAGUAACCACAACUGCUUUGCCCACCACUACCCAGUUACCCACACCAACAACUCUCACUACGACCACUCCACCAACGACCACAUGUGCGCCUGUCACCUGCCAAUGGUCAGAAUGGUUUGAUGUUGACUUUCCCACUUCUGGACCCGAAGGAGGAGACCUUGAAACUUACAGCAACAUCCGAGCCGCGGGAGGGAGAAUCUGUGAAAAGCCUAUAAAUAUAAAAUGUCAAGCUGUAAACCACCAAGACCUAAGCAUUGAACAACUCGGUCAAGUCGUUCAGUGUGAUGUCACAGUUGGACUGAUAUGCUACAAUAAAGACCAACCUGGAGAAACUAAGCAAUGCAUGAAUUUCAGGAUUAGUGUGCUUUGUUGCGAAGAAAACCCCGAAUGCAAGACAACAACUUUGCCACCCACCUCAACCGUAAUAACCACCACCAGCAGUACCACUAAAGAAACAAGUCCCACCAUCACGACGACAGUCAUCCCUCCCAAAACUCCCACAGUAACCACAACUGCUUUGCCCACCACUACCCAGUUACCCACACCAAGAACAACUCUCACUACGACCACUCCACCAACGACCACAUGUGCGCCUGUCACCUGCGAAUGGUCAGAAUGGUUCGAUGUUGACUUUCCCACUUCUGGACCCGAAGGAGGAGACCUUGAAACUUACAGCAACAUCCGAGCCGCAGGAGGGAGAAUCUGUGAAAAGCCUAUAAAUAUAAAAUGUCAAGCUGUAAACCACCAAGACCUAAGCAUUGAACAACUCGGUCAAGUCGUUCAGUGUGAUGUCACAGUUGGACUGAUAUGCUACAAUAAAGACCAACCUGGAAAAACUAAGCAAUGCAUGAAUUUCAGGAUUAGUGUGCUUUGUUGCGAAGAAAACCCCGAAUGCAAGACAACAACUUUGCCACCCACUUCAACCGUGAUAACCACCACCAGCAGUACCACCAAAGAAACAAGUCCCACCAUCACGACGACAGUCAUCCCUCCCAAAACUCCCACAGUAACCACAACUGCUUUGCCCACCACUACCCAGUUACCCACACCAAGAACAACUCUCACUACGACCACUCCACCAACGACCACAUGUGUGCCUGUCACCUGCCAAUGGUCAGAAUGGUUUGAUGUUGACUUUCCCACUUCUGGACCCGAAGGAGGAGACCUUGAAACUUACAGCAAUAUCCGAGCUGCAGGAGGGAGAAUCUGUGAAAAGCCUAUAAAUAUAAAAUGUCAAGCUGUAAACCACCAAGACCUAAGCAUUGAACAACUCGGUCAAGUCGUUCAGUGUGAUGUCACAGUUGGACUGAUAUGCUACAAUAAAGACCAACCUGGGGAAACUAAGCAAUGCAUGAAUUUCAGGAUUAGUGUGCUUUGUUGCGAAGAAAACCCCGAAUGCAAGACAACAACUUUGCCACCCACCUCAACCGUGAUAACCACCACCAGCAGUACCACCAAAGAAACAAGUCCCACCAUCACGACGACAGUUAUCCUUCCCAAAACUCCCGCAGUAAGCACAACUGCUUUGCCCACCACUACCCAGUUACCCACACCAAAAACAACUCUCACUACGACCACUCCACCAACGACCACAUGUGCGCCUGUCACCUGCCAAUGGUCAGAAUGGUUCGAUGUUGACUUUCCCACUUCUGGACCCGAAGGAGGAGACCUUGAAACUUACAGCAACAUCCGAGCCGCGGGAGGGAGAAUCUGUGAAAAGCCUUUAAAUAUAAAAUGUCAAGCUGUAAACCACACAGACCUAAGCAUUGAACAACUCGGUCAAGUCGUUCAGUGUGAUGUCACAGUUGGACUGAUAUGCUACAAUAAAGACCAACCUGGGGAAACUAAGCAAUGCAUGAAUUUCAGGAUUAGUGUGCUUUGUUGCGAAGAAAACCCCGAAUGCAAGACAACAACUUUGCCACCCACCUCAACCGUGAUAACCACCACCAGCAGUACCACCAAAGAAACAAGUCCCAUCAUCACGACAACAGUUAUCCUUCCCAAAAGUCCCACAGCAAGCACAACUGCUUUGCCCACCACUACCCAGUUACCCACACCAAGAACAACUCUCACUACGACCACUCCACCAACGACCACAUGUGCACCUGUCACCUGCGAAUGGUCAGAAUGGUUCGAUGUUGACUUUCCCACUUCUGGACCCGAAGGAAGAGACCUUGAAACUUAUAGCAACAUCCGAGCCGCGGGAGGGAGAAUCUGUGAAAAGCCUAUAAAUAUAAAAUGUCAAGCUGUAAACCACCAAGACCUAAGCAUUGAACAACUCGGUCAAGUCGUUCAGUGUGAUGUCACAGUUGGACUGAUAUGCUACAAUAAAGACCAACCUGGAAAAACUAAGCAAUGCAUGAAUUUCAGGAUUAGUGUGCUUUGUUGUGAAGAAAACCCCGAAUGCAAAACAACAACCUUACCACCCACCACCACUUCUAGUUCAACCCUCCCAGGUUCAACCAAAACACAGGAAGUGAUAACCACAACCGUACCUCAACCCACCUCAAGUAUUACAUCUUCAACCAUCACCAUAGCUAGCAGCACAAGUCAUUGCUUUUGCCAAAUUGGGGAAAAUAUUUAUAUGCCUGGUGAAGUGAUAUACAAGCAAACCGACAGCGAUGGCUGCCUUUAUUUUGCCAUUUGUGGUAGCACAUGUUCCAUUGAAAGAUACAAAGGGCCAUGUGUAUCAACUACAACCAAACCCACCUCAACUCCUCCAAUCGUCUCCACCACUCCUACUACCAGUACUGCUGGUACUACUCCACCACCAGGCUGUCCUGAUGCUGUUCCACCUCGGGUGGAGGGUGAGACAUGGAUAGAAAAUUGCACCAAAGCAACUUGUUUAGGAAACAACAACAUUGUGAUAGGUAAAGUGGAGUGCCCACCGGUACAGAAGAUUGUUUGUGAAAAUGGCUACCCACCAGUAAAGGUUCUCUCAAAGGAUGGAUGUUGUUAUCACUAUGAAUGUGAAUGUAUUUGUAGUGGCUGGGGUGAUCCUCACUUUGUCACAUUUGAUGGAGUCUACUACACUUUCUUGGACAAUUGCACUUAUGUAUUGGUGCAGCAAAUUAUACCAAAAUAUAAUAACUUUAAAAUCCUUCUUGAUAAUUACAACUGUGACAUAGAAGACCAACUUUCCUGUUCCCAGUCUAUUAUUAUACACUACAAAUCUUCAGUCAUUGCGUUAACUCACCAACACGUUAAUGGGAUAGUAGUUAACAAGAUCUAUUUCAAUGGGAAACUCAUCAAGACAAGUUUCCAGAAAGAUGGCAUUUAUAUCCACACACUUGGUAUUAAUAUGGUGGUUGAAAUUUUUGAAAUCGAAACUACUGUCACCUAUAGUGGUAUAAUCUUCUUAGUAAAGCUUCCAUUCAGCAAGUUUUACAACAACACUGAAGGACAAUGUGGUACUUGCACUAACAAUAUAAAAGAUGAAUGUCGCUUACCAAAUGGUGAAGUAACAGAUUGCCCCCACAUGGCCAGCCAUUGGAAAGUGCCUGAUCCUAAAAAGGAUUACUGCUUUGGACCAACACCAUCUGUGCCAACUGAAAUUACACCUUCAUCUGAAAUAUGUCACGCAGCUCCUCUCUGUUCCCUUAUUUUGAAUGACAUCUUCUCUGAGUGCCAUGAGAUCAUACCUCCGGAUCCCUACUUCCGAGGCUGCAUCUUUGAUGCUUGCCAUAUGAAAAAUAUCUCCAUGCAAUGUUCAGGAUUAGAAAUAUAUGCUUCUCUCUGUGCCUCUAAAGGUGUUUGUAUCGAUUGGCGAGGGAAGACCAAUGAUGAAUGCCCCUUUAGCUGCCCUACAGAUAAAGUAUACGAUCCAUGUGGCCCCGUCAAUCCUCCCACCUGUGAUAACAGUAGUCCUCCACAGACUGGAGGAAUAACGGAAGGUUGCUUCUGUAAAAAUGGAACCAAACUCUUCAGUACCCACAGAGAUAUCUGUGUGCCUGAUUGUGGUUGUACUGGACCAGAUGGGUUACCCAAAGUGCCUGGAGAAACUUGGAUUAGCAACUGCCAGAAAUGUACUUGUGAGGAAUAUUCUCUUAUAGUACAAUGUAUUGAAGAACCAUGUCCUACCAAAGCUACUCCUGUGGAAUGUUAUUUUGAAGGGUUUGUACCCAUCACAAUAUUAACUCCUGAAGAAAAGUGCUGCCCUCAAAAACAUUGUGUGUGCAACACUUCUCACUGUCCCAGUUCUAUUGAAACCUGCCCACUGGGAUAUGAAUUAAAGAAGGAAAACUUCCCAGGAGACUGCUGCAUUAACACCACUUGUGUGAAAGUACCAGGCUGUGUUGUCGAUGGAAAGUUCUACAGUCCUGGGGCAGUUGUACCAGGAGAAUUAUGCGAAUCAUGCAGAUGCUCUGAAAAAGGAGAUCUAGAAAACAACGUGGAGUGUGUUUCUCAAACCUGUGACCAAAGAUGCCCGCUGGGUCAUAAAUACCAGGAAGUAUCUGGACAAUGCUGUGGCAAAUGUGUGCAGAUUGCUUGUGUUCUGAUAUUGGACUCCUCUCCUCCCCAAGUGAUCAAGCCAGGAGAAACUUGGCACCCACCAGGAAACAAUUGUACUUCACAUGAAUGUGAUCUUGUUGAGGACCAAUAUGUUCUUGUCACUAUCAAGAAAGCCUGCCCUCCAUUUGAUCAAAAUUGCCGGCAUGACUAUGUGACAGUCUCUGAUGAUGGGUGUUGCAAGUUGUGCAGACCUCCAAAGGUGGAAUUCUGUGCACCAAUAAAUAUCACCAAAACAAUAAAACACAAUGGCUGUGAAUCUUCUUCACCUAUUGAAGUAACAUACUGUGAAGGCCAAUGUGACAGUUUUUCAAAGUAUUCAUAUAAAGCAAACACGAUGGAUCAUAUAUGCAACUGUUGUCAAGAGCGAAAGACUACGAAGAAGCAAGUGACCUUGAUUUGCCCCGAUGGUUUCACCGAGGAUUAUUCUUACCUCCAUGUUGACGAGUGUGAGUGCGUCAAGACUGAAUGCAACAUUUUGCCUACACCACAUCAGCAAGAAUUGUCCACCUUCCCACCGCAGCAGCAGCAACAGCAAGAGCAAGAACAGCAACAGCAACAGCAGCAGCAGCAAGAACAGCAGCAGAAAAAGCAGUAAGAAUAAAAGCUGCAGCAGGAAUGAAAGGGACGCUCAGGACCAGUCUAAACAUUUCCAAAAAGUGACCCAGAAUUGAAUAAAAGUUAAAAUGUAAUAAAAUGUAAAAGUUAUGCUCAAGAAACAUUCAACCAAAUAUUUUCUCUUCUGCAUGCCAAACAUUUUGAAAUGUCCUGACCUUUUCUUGGGUGUAGGUUCAACUGAGACUAUAUGAGUUUAAAAAAAACAAAAACUUGGAGAUAGAGGGGAAGAGGCUUGGUGUCAAUAAUUGGAGUUGGGGGUGAAGAAAUAAAAAGGAUGUAUUGGUUUGGUUUGGGAUCUUCUCUUGAGAAGCGACAAUUCCUGCAUUAAGUGACAGGUAGUACUAUUUUAAUUAAGACGGAUGAAGCUUUUAGCACUAGCUGACAGAAGCCAGACAAGAUCUGGAAACCGAGUAGGAUUUUGAUCCAAAUUCAUCUCUGUUGCAUGUGACAAGAACAUUGGUUGGUAUUUGCUAAAAUGGCAAGCAUAGCUCUCAGUUCUCUGACAUAAUUUUUCUUACUGUGCUUCCAAAUUCGUUUUUCUACAAACUUCAUUUUUUUCCCCCUACUCUUUCCAAAUAUGAGACAGGCUAUAGAAUGAUGUGAGAUUCUUUGUAGAUUUAUUACUAUUGCAAGAAGGAAAAAAAACAUGAUGAAGUGUGGCUGCUGCUGAAGAAGACUGUUUACAUGAUACCAUCAGCAUAGUAGUUGUAUGAGGAUCUGGAUUAUUUUUGUAAUUGUUUACAGAAUGGACUAACAUAUGUAUAUGCACACCAAAAGGUCCUUGGAGAAUUUUUGUAAACCAAAGUAAUAAAUAACAAUAAUAUAACUUAGAAUUUCUGUUCUAAGUUAGUGAAUUGUUUUCGAACAUCUAAUUACUAUUUAUUUGUUUCCAGAAAAAUAAAUUUUCAGGGAUAUUUUCUUCUGAAUAAGUGCUCUACUGUCUGUCAACUAAUGCCUGGCUGAGGGAAAUUUUCAUCUUUUAUACUUGUUAUUUGUUGCUCAACAACAGCUAAAUGAUUAAUAAA